AUGUACGCCAUUAGUUUUGUUGGUAUUCUACUACUUUCACUUGUGAAUAGUGCAGCUAGUAAUUGUCAGGUUACUGGAUACUGUGGUUCUGGUCUAUGUUGUUCACCAUUUGGUGCUUGCGGUUCAGGUACUCAAUACUGUGGUGGAGCAGUUUCCGUAUAUCCAGGAUGGUCAGGUUCGCCGUUUGUUGGUACUGAUUGUCGUCUUGUAGGCUGUGGAGCUGGCUAUUGUUGUUCACCUUAUGGCUAUUGUGGGCAAUCAGUUGAAUAUUGUGGUAGCCCUCCAACUGUUCUUAUUGUUGCACCUGCUCCUAUUCCAGCUCCCUCUCCAGCCGUAGGCUCAUGUCGAUUAACUGGCUGCCCAGCUGGUUCAUGUUGUUCACAAUAUGGAUUCUGUGGAAAUACAGCUGCUUAUUGUGGUGCUAUUUCCUAUGGUAAUUGUGGUGCUACAGCAUGUGGUUCUGGUCUUUGUUGUACACGACAGGGAUAUUGUGGUACAAUUGGUAUUUAUUGUGCAUAUCAAAAAUCAUCAGGUAAUAUUGAACCAGUAUCAAUCGAAGGUGAAUUUAAAGGUCAAGCAUCAUACUAUAACGAAACCAAAGUUGGCUCACAAUAUUCAACAUGUGGUAUUCAACGAGGACAAUCAUUGGAUGAGAAUGACCAAAAAGUUUAUGGUGCUGCACUUAAUCAAGCUCAAUUCGAUCCAUACACUGUUAACGGUAUUCCAAGUUCAAAUCCAAUCUGUCAAAAGAAAGCUGUAGUUAGAGGCUCACGAAGUGAAAUAAUAGUUCGAUUCAUUGACAGAUGUCCAGAUUGCAAAGCGGGUGACAUUGCUUUAACACAAGACGCAUUUAUGGCUGUUGCUGGAGACAUUGGCGAUGGUACUACAAUAGUCGAAUGGCAUUUUCUUUAA